CCCCUCCACCUUGGCCCCCCUUCCUGCCGUGCCCGUCUCCACCAAGGCCGAUGUCGACGCCGCUGUCUCGGCCGCCAAGGCUGCCUUCCCCUCGUGGCGUGACACGCCCAUUGAGAAGCGUGCCGCCCUCCUCAACACCUUUGCCGAUGCCAUCAUGGCCAACUUUAUGGACUUUGCCUCUCUGCUUGCGCUUGAGGGCAAGCCCCCGACGGCGGCGCAGUUCGAGGUUGACUUUGCUGUCAAGCACUUGAAGGGGACGGCGCAGCUGAGGUUGGACGACGAGGUGAUUGAGGAUAACGAGGAGAAGCUAACCAAGAUUCGGUACACUCCCCUUGGUGUCGGCGUCGGCAUCGUCCCCUUCAACUACCCCUUCUUCCUGGGUAUCGGCAAGAUGGGGCCCGCCGUGUUGGCUGGAAACGCCUUCAUCUGGAAGCCUUCGCCCUAUACGCCCAACACGGCGCUGAAGCUCGUUGAGCUGGCCGCCAAGAUCUUCCCCCCUGGUGUUGUUCAGGCUUUGUCUGGCGAGGAGGACUUGGGUCCCUGGUUGACUGCUCACCCCGAUAUCCGCAAGAUCUCCUUCACCGGCAGCACGCCGACGGGCAAGAAGGUCAUGGCUGCCUGCGCCAGCACUCUCAAGCGCGUGACACUCGAGCUGGGCGGCAACGACGCGGCCAUUGUUUGCGACGAUGUCAACCUGGACGAGGUCGUGCCCAAGGUUGCUCUCGGCUGCUUCAACAACGCUGGCCAAGUCUGCGUUGACAUCAAGAGACUAUUCGUUCACGAGAAGAUCUACGAUCAGUUCCUGGCCAAGAUGGUCGAGGUCGUCAAGACGUUCAAGUUCGGCGGGUCCGAAGACACCGAUGGCGCCUUCUUCCCUCCUGUCCAGAACGCGAUGCAGUUCGAGAAGGUCAAGGAACUAUUUACCUCGAUUGAGAAGGAGGGCCUGAAGCCUGUUAUUGGUGGCGAGGUCGAGGCCGAGGCGGGCGCGAAGAAGGGAUACUACUUCAAGCCUACCAUCAUCGACAACCCGCCUGAGAACUCCAGGAUUGUGCAGGAGGAGCCGUUUGGCCCUAUUGUGCCCGUCGUGAAGUGGGUCGGUGGUGAGGACGAGGUGGUCAGGAUGGCCAACAACACCGAUAUGGGAUUGGGUGCCUCUGUCUGGAGCAAGGACUUGGAGAAGGCGGAGAGGAUCGCCAGGAGGCUGGAGGCUGGCAGUCUCUGGAUCAACACCCACCAGGACCUGGCGCCCAACGUGCCCUUUGGUGGCUUCAAGCAGUCCGGUAUGGGCCACGACUGGGGUCUCAUCGGUCUCAAGGGCUGGUGCAACACCCAGAGCUUGAUGACGAGGAGGUCAGGCGGUAUGUUGGCUCCCAAAUCCCGCAACACGGGGAGCCCUCCGCUUGGUCAAUACCUAUCCCGGAUUCCCGGGAACUGACAUGAAGCUCGAGGUGGGUGACGGCUCGGUAAUAAGUCAUCAUCACUUUGAAGUCAUUCAUGUAGAGGUACUUAUCCAAUGGGGUUGACGGUGGUUGCUGCUUGAGCUAGCAACCUGAAGGAGUGAUCAGUGAGUGAGCAUUGUGCGUGAUUUAUGUUCCAAAUAUCAAGAGGAUUCGAAUGGUGGACAUGACGAUAUUCGGCAGUGUUUGGAAGUACGUCGGUACGUGUAGGUACCUCUAGGUUCUUUUCUAGAUGACGCGUACCUGAUCUUCAGAAGGAGGCUUUCCCUAUGAGGUAAGACAGAGCCAUGACUGAGACGCGGCAGUUCAAUUGAUCUAGAUGUGCCGAGUUCUGAAAUGCAAGGGGAGA